UGUUGGUCGAUUCAAUUAUAUUCUAUAGGUACAUUCGUACCUAUAAAAAAAUCCUACCUAAUGAUUGGUAGGUGUAGUUGUUUAUCUUUUAAUUUAUGAUCUGUAAUAAUUAGCUUGAUAUUGUUAUAACUUAUUAUAAUACUUACUAUAUGUACGUCAGUGAGUUCUUAGUACUCAGUCAAUUCAGUUCGGUGGUGUUUUUAUGUGUUCUCUUGUCCUUAUCAUUCUAUUUAACACGAUAAUAAACACGUACUGUGCUUUCAGUUACUAAAUUUAAACAUAGUAUUUAAUUUAAUUUACAAUGCCACCAUCAUUAUUAAGUUAUGAAACCCUGGUUCAUGCUGUGGCAGGAGCAACGGGUAGCGUUGUUGGAAUGGCAGCUUUUUAUCCAUUAGACACAUUGAGAUCAAGAUUGCAAGUUGAUAAUGAUUUAAAAAUGAAAGGCUCAUCAUGGGAGUUGCUGUUGCGCCUAGCUAACGAAGAGGGUAUUGAAGCAUUAUACCGUGGCAUAUCCCCUGUGCUGCAAUCAGUCUCUGUUUCAAAUUUUGUUUAUUUUUAUGUGUUUCAUGCAUUGCGUAGACUUCAUACUGGUGAAGUAUCAGCUUUAAGGGACUUAUUAAUUGGUUCUGUUGCCGGUGUUGUAAAUGUAAUUAUAACAUCACCUCUUUGGGUCGUUAAUAUGAGAAUGAAAGUUGAUAAGAAUUCUUAUGAUAGUUUAUUAAGUGGUCUUAUUGAAAUAUCUAAAAAAGAGGGAGCAAAGGGAUUAUGGUCUGGUGUUUUACCAUCACUGUUAUUAGUUUCAAAUCCAGCCAUCCAGUUUAUGAUUUAUGAAUAUUUAAAAAGACAUAUUGUAGCCAGUGGUAAAUUCAAUGCUUACUCUGCAUUUUUAAUAGCUGCUAUUGCAAAAGCUAUAGCCACAACUUUGACUUAUCCACUUCAGCUUAUACAGUCGAGGCUUCGUGCUGGCACGAGUUUGAAGCCUUUGUGGAGAGACGUAAAAUCAAAACCGUCAGUAAUGUUCCGAGGACUAGAAGCAAAAUUAUUACAAACAGUCAUGACAGCUGCUUUGAUGUUUUUUAUAUACGAAAAAGUUGUUCGCUUAGUGUUAAUGAUUAUGCGAGUUAAAAUGUCUCAACGUAAAUAAAGGCUGGAUUUGCAUUAUCUUAUUAAUUUAUGAUUAUCAAUUAAAAUUAUUUUUAAGGAUAUAGUAGGAACAAAUUAUAAUAAGUCAUGGCUAUUUUGUCAUUCCUAUUAGGUAUUUGAUAUUUACUUGUGAUAACAAAAAUACUUAUUUUUUAUAUCAGUAACAAAUAAUUUAAAUCAAAACAUGACACAAAACAAUGACAAAUAGAAAUAUUUCUUUUAAGGAUAGUGUGAACAGGAGUUAAAGAUGGCUCCCAAUUAUCAGAAAUUAAAUAAUUCUCUUAGGCUUCUGUACCUUUCGGUUUAAUAUAAUACAUAAAUACUUUGAUGAUUAUAAAUUGUAUCAAUUAUUUUAUCAAGUAUGUAGAUAUAUUAUGUUUAAAAUCGAAGACCCUUGAUACAAAAAAAUGUGGAACCGUAUUACGGCAAAAAACGUAUCUUGAAGCCAAUCAGUAAUUGUUUGAUUCUGUUAAGUACCAUACCAGCUUGACUGCAGAAACUCUUUGUUAUUGUGUCAGGCAUUUCAAUAUUCGAACAGAGUCUAAAUGUUUCCUCAAAGUAUUCAAAUACUUAUUUGUGUAUGCUAAUUAAAGCACAAAAUAACUGAGGGUAUUAAAUUGAUAUUGUUAUUAUAUAGAUAAUAAGUAUUAUCUGUAACAAGCUUUAUCAUCAUAUUAAACAGUUCAAUGUUUAAAUAAAUAGGUAUACUCGCUAAAAAACUUUGCUCCUUCAAUAAAUUGGCUAUUAUGCCUACAUGUUAUCGGUACAUACUUAAGUGGAAUCAGCUUAUUUAAUAUUACAGUAAAAAGUGCGUUGUGCUUCAAUUUGAAUGGCAAGGGAGCCAGUGCAGCAUCUGGUAAAAAGAACAAUAUAUCUCAUAUGGUUACCCAUGACAUGAUGCCAUGAGCGACACAGUAUAUUGUCAUGUCCAAGAUGUAAGAAAUAUUUAUUACACGGUUGCCACUGUUAAUCAAGUGGACAUGGCAAGUUUGUCAUGAUUGUUUUAUAAUAACGAAACAGUGUUCGCUAUUCCUUAUCUUGUUAAAUUAGGUACAAUGUGGUCGGCAAAAAUCCUAGUGAUAUCAGUUAAUGUGAUAUGAACAUAUUAAUAACAGUUCUGGGUCAACUCGAACGGUAGUGGUAGUCCAACUACAGAGUAUAUCUCAGUUUAUUAUGUAUUUUAUAAUUUAUAUAUGUAUAAUAAUGUUAUGUACUUUAUGUCUAGUUUGUUAUAAUACGGUGUUUGUUAUCUUUUGUUUUUUGUUGGUGGUAUGUUCUUAUAACUAAGUUUAUAUAAGUAGGUCCUAAGUUUGUUUAUUAAUUGGGAGUGGACUUUGACAUGUCGUUAAUUUUUUUUAUAAUAAAAUGUAGUUAUGGUCUAGAUUCGAGCCCAAAAAAAUAAUCACAUUUUUAAAGUUGGCCACAAACUACAAUAAAUAUUAAGUUUUACUAUUUCGUUGAGGUUAAAAUUUACAUCAUAUUGAUGGCAUCGUAAAGAUGGUUAAAAAUUUUUUUAUCUAUCGUACAGUAAGUAAGGGAGAUGUUAAAAAUUGGUAAUAAUAAGAGGUACAUAAUGUAUCAUUUUUUAAAAAAUUGAACAUUUAAACUUGUAUGAAUAAUGUACAAUUAAAAUGUCUUCCUGUUAAAAUUACAUUUUAUAUUGAAAGGUGUAACGUUCUAAAAUAUGACAUUUUUAUUUGUAUGUAAUGAAUUUGGACAUGGGCUUAUAACUCUAGUCAUAUAUUAUUGGAAGUAAAUAAAUGUAUUAAAAUACAAAA